GCGCGGCGGCCGCGGCAGCUGGAGGGCACCUGCUCGCCGCCCUGCUGCUCACCACCGCCCCCUUUGGUGCCGCGGUGGCCGCGGUGCUGGCGCUGGUGCGCCUCGCUCUCCGCGGCUCCCCGCUUGGCUGCUGCAGGGCCCGCGCGCCCGCCGCCGAGGCUCGCUCUCGCCCUGCGGCGGCCCCCGCCCUGCUCUUUUCGGGCGGCAGGUCGCGCGCCGCAGGGGAGGCUGCGCGGCAGCCCGGCGCCCCCCCGGACAAGCCCGGGCCGGCCGGAGCGCCUGGCCGUCGGGGUGCUGCCCGCCGUCGAGCCCGGCAGUGGGCCAGGCUCUGGCUGCUGCCGCUGGGCUGCGCGAGGGUCGGUGGCUUCGUGGUGCUCUUCCUCUUCGACGUCGCCCUGAUUCAGAAGUACCUGGUGGACGCCGAGCGCCCGCUGCGCUCGGGAGGGCCCGGGCUGCGCGGCCCCUCGUGGUGGGGCGAGGGCUGGGACGAGGACGCCGCCCUCGAGUACGGGCCGCGCACCCCCCACGAGAUCGGGCUGGCGCUGGCCCGGCUGUGCGAGCAGGUGGGCCUCGGGGCGCCGGUGGCGGACGCCAGCAAGCGCGCGGCGGACGACGUCAUGUGGCUGUUGCGCAGGCUUGUGGACUUGGGGCUGGAGGUGCCCGAGGGCGUCGCCCUGGGCUGCAGCGGCACGCGCCGCCUCUUCGCCGCGGGCGCGGUGGCGGGCGUGGCGGGCACCCUGCUCGCCGUCGGCGCCCUCGACGUGCUCGGCAUCAUGUCCGCGUCGCGGGAGGCGUGGGCGGCGCGCGCCGCCGCCGGGCUGGGGCGCCUCGGCGUGCCCGGGGCGCUGCUGCUGGACGCGUGGCUGCGCGCGCUGGACAGCCCGUGCGCGCUCAGCGCCAGGUGCUCCUGUCAUCGGCUAUUGAGCUCAGGAGGGACAUCUACGGGAUCUUCGGCUCAGACUUUGGCUACUUUGUGGGCGCGGACCUUGCGAGAGGCGCGGAAUGCGACAGCUUCUGGCACGUCCCCGUGGACUUCAUGUCGAAGCUGGGCCUCCUGGCCGGCGGCGCCGCCCUGGUGCUGGCGGUGGCCGCCUCGCUGGGCGGGGCGCCGCUGGGGCGGUCGCCGGCGCGGUGGGCCGUGAGGUCGCUGUACUGGCGGGAGGUGCGCCUCUCGCGAUGGGACGGGGCGACACUGAGGCGACUGGCCCCCUCCCCGGGCGGCGAGCGCCUGGCGCUGCUGCUGCGGCCGCUGCUGGGCGCCGGGCUGUCCCUGGGCGUGUGGACGACCUGGGCGUCGCGGGCCUUCCACUGCGGCGUGCGGCAGGACUGGUACCACCUGAUCACCGAUUGCCCCGACGACGACGCCGAUGAUGCGGAGCUGUGCAGCGUUGUGGGCGUUAAGCAGGUGUGCGAGGCGACGGCGAGGGGAGUGGCGCUGGCCUGGUUGCCCGUGCCCUACGUCGGCGGGGCGCUGUGCAAGCUUUGCCUCUACAUGAACGAGCACGUGCUUUUCGCCAUUGGACACGACGGCGGCGGCUCGGCCGGCCCGCCCGCGCCGCUCGGCCGCCACUUCCACGCCGACUCGCCGGGCGCCCUGCACGCGCUGCGGUGGACCCUGCGGGCUUGGCUCUGCUUCAUCCUGGCCGCCGUGGAGUUUGACCUCCUCGGCUCCACCGCUGAGCAGAGGCGCGACGGCCUCGCGGUCUGCCUCGCGCUCGUCGCGUGCGUCGCCGUGGUGCUGGUGGCGCUCGACCUGGCGCAGCAGUGCUGGGCGCUCGAGGCGUGCGAGGACAUCCUGACGCGCUGUGCGCUGCUCGUCGAGAGCGGCCAGCUCUCUGAGAUGGCCGCUUCGCCGGAGGCCGUGGGCACCGCCCUGGCGCCCGGGGACGCCGAGCGCGUGCGGGCAGCCUGCCAGGAGCUGGCGGUGCUCCCGUGGGUGCGCGCCAGGCGGCUGCCGCCCGAGCGGCGCCCGUGGCUGGCGUGCGCCAAGGCGCGGGCGGGCGAGGUGUACUGCGCCACGGUGCACUCGCUACGAGUUGCGCGCUGGGCGGGCAGCACCAGCGAGUUCAGCGGCGACGUGGUGGGCCAGCUGGAGAGCGCCUCCCUGGUGCUGCUGCUCCGGGAGGCCGUGGACGCGGAGCUCGAGGCCGCACGUGCUCGGGAGGCGGCGGCGCCGCUGCUCAGGAAGCUGGUGCAGUCGGCGGCAGCCGCCAG